UACAGCCGUGCCGCUUUAUUUGCCAAAGCAGAGGAGCUGUUGGCAAAGAGAAUAAACGAUGGAGAUGCUGUGGCGUAUUUUCUAAAAGGACAGCUCUACUAUGAAGAGGGGUGGUAUGAAGAAGCGUUAAUACAGUUUGAAAAAAUCAGGGAUACAGAUUUUCAAGCUAUGUAUCAGCUUGGUGUAAUGCAUUAUGACGGAGUAGGCACUAAAGAAGACCCAGAAAAGGGAGUGGAAUACAUGAAGAAAAUAAUCAAUUCUGAUUCCCCAGAAGCAAGACACUUGAAGUUUGCAGCUGCAUACAAUCUCGGCAGAGCUUAUUAUGAAGGAUGUGGUGUUAAGCAGUCAACUGAAGAGGCUGAAAGAUUGUGGCUUAUUGCUGCCGAUGAUGGGAAUCCAAAAGCAAGCAUCAAGGCUCAGAGUACUUUAGGAAUGCUUUACUCUAUGUCAGUUCUAAAAGAUGUGAAAAAGGCCUUUUUCUGGCACUCAGAAGCAUGUUGCAAUGGAAAUCUGGAAUCACAAGGUACACUGGGUGUUAUGUAUCUCUAUGGACAAGGUGUACGUCAAAACACUAAGGCUGGUUUGGAGUGUUUGAAGGAAGCAGCAGAACGUGGAAACAUCUACGCUCAGGGCCAUCUUGUGGAAUAUUAUUACAAUAGAAAAUUUUACUCAACAGCUGUUACAGUAGCCAAAAGGAUUCCAGAAAAUGUUAACAUUGAUAUGGUAGCAAAGAUAACUGAUUGUCUUCCUGUGUACACAGCCAAAGGGGCUGCUAUGGCUGCUUUCUACUUUGCUAGAUGUCUCCAGCUUGGCCUAGGCAUAAAACAAGAUGAAGCUGCUGCUAAAAAGUACUAUUCUAGGGCAUGCCUUCUGGAUCCUGAUGUUGCUUCUGACCUUGAACUGAAGGCUAAUCUUGGGAGAAUUUAGUGUUUCCUUUAGUUAUGGCUGGUAUAUGGACAUGUUUCCUACAAUAAGCCAUCUUUAAUCUUCAGCAGUUACAGACUGAUCAUCAUUUACUGCUUGGUUUUUAACUUCCUAUAAAUUAUUACUUAAAACAAUGUGAUGGUAUUUUAUUUAAAAAAGGCAAAAAGCUCACAGUCUCACUUUAACUCAGAUGUAGUAAGGGCAGACUUUUUAAAAUACUAUUGAAGACUUCAGGUAUAUUAAGGACACUUUACUGCAACCGCCCCUGUGUUUUCUUAAUGAAACACUGCUUUAUGAUAUGUAAAUCAAACUGAAACCAAAUAAAAAUAAUUAGUUCCUUUUCUGCUUUUUUAAUAUUUAAAUAUUAAAUUUAAUACUUCUGAAAUGCUUGAACCCUAAUGUGUCUGGUUUUCAUGUAGUCCUUUCUCACAUCAUGGCUUUAUGCUAAAUACCAUCUUUAAAUGUCAUCUUUGCUAGUGGUGUAUAUACUUUUUCACACAUGCUUUUCUAAAGCAUCUGGAGUCUGCUAGUGUCCUGACAUUUUUUUACCUUUCAACUGCAGAUUCAAAGUCUUACAGUUCAAACUGUGCCAACUUCUAAUAGUGGAAAAUCCUAUUUACAGAACUAAGUAUAGAAAAAAACCCACUCAGUAUGGAAACAUUACGGAAUAUAUCCUCUGCUCUAGGCCUGUUCCCCUCAGUCCUUCUUCAUAUUGCACUUAUACCACCUCUGUUUGUUUUAGAAAUAGUUGAAAGAUUUUUUGGUCAGGAGUGUCUAUGUCCAAGCAAUAUUAUGCUCAAUCUUUUAUCAUAAGGUAUUUCAACUAUCAAGUAAUGAAUAUUACUGAUUGCUAUGAUAAGCUUACACAACUGUAAUGAUUUAUUUACUUCUAAAACUUCAUAUGUGUAGGAGAAUUUGGCUAGCUUCUUAGGACUAUACUGUGACAUGAAAAGUUUAUGGCUCUAUUGCAAGAGAAGGCUAGCUGUUACUAAUAACCUGGAUUUCAAAACAGGAUAUGGAUUUUAUUUGUGUAACUUGAACUAUAUCCAGUCUCAAUUGCAAUUUAAAAAGAAAGUAAUGAAUGUCACCUAUGGAUUUUUGAUGAUAAUCAAUUAUUUAGAUGUGCAUUCUGACCAUAUUUACAUACUUUUACGUAACUUAAAAAGACUCCCCCCCACCUCCUUUGUAUAAAAUAAGGGAAAGACGUGAAGGUUGUUCCAGAUUGGGGUAUUUGAAUAAAAACAGCCCUGAAUAAUAUCAGGGGUGCAGUUAGAAUGGUUUAAUUAAGUGACUACUUAAUCAUUCAUAGAAGCAAUUCAUAAGCACUAAUCUCUGAACUAACAUUUAACACAGGCAUUCUGUUAUGACAUAUCCAUUUACAAUACACAUUUUGGACGCAGACUUCAAAGUAAUGCAAGUAUUCCUUAAGAAACUAGGGCUGUCAAACGCAUUCAUUGGUUGUUAGUACAGCCUAAUUAUCAACUGCUGAAAUCCAGUUUUGUUAUUUAUUGCUUACAAAUGCUUCAACAUAUGGGAAAUCUUUGGUAAAAACAAAAUUGAUAAAAUUUUCACAAUAGCUUUACAUGUAGUAUUGCACAACAAGGCUUUUUCAAUACACAAGAAUAAAGGAAUGCUCAAAUCCUCAGUGAGGAGAUUAGAACUGUACAACAUUCAUUAGUUUACCACUAUAAGCAAAACUUUUUUUCAUAAAUGUUUAAAAUAGUUUCUGGUUUCUUUCAGCUUA